AUGCCACCAAUAACUCGACAUCAGUCAAAAAAAUCCACUUUUAAGCCUGAACCAUAUUCAAAAAAGAACCGUCCAACAGAAAAAAGAAGUGCAUUACAAAACUUAGUUGGAAAUAAUGUUAGUGAAUUUUAUUAUUUAUAUCAAAACCACAUUGUUUGGUUUACAACUGUAUUUAGUUUUAAAUAGUAAAUUAAAAUAUCUUAUUUCAGGGUAUCAAAGUUAUUGCCAGUACAAUCAAAACAGAUAUUAAAAAACCUGACAGUAGUAUUAUUAAAAAUGACAAUAUUACGAAGACUGAAAACACGAAUAGGCUUUCUCAGUCAAAAAGUGAAAUUUCUAAACCAGUUGAUACUAAAACUCCAGAGUAUAAUUUGAUUUAUUCAUUUGCUUUUUUAAAAAUAAAUUUGAUUACUUUUGUUAUAGAAUCAUCCAUCCUUCCAUUAAUAAUACAAAAGAGAUUACAUUAUACCAUUCAAUAAUUGAAGAACAAACCAGUUCUAAAGAUUCUCAAACAACUGAAGAAUUAUAUGAAACUGCAGUUGAAAAAACUCAAAGAUAGUCUCUUGAAAAAAAAAAAAAAAAAAAAUAUUUGAUUCAAACAACAUAAUGUGUAGAGUGCAGUAAAUUUUAACAUCUAAAUAGGUGUUAGUCUUCAUCAAAUAAAGUAUUAAUGUUAAUGAGGGUUUAAUAAUAAAAUAGUAAACUACAUAUAGAUAAAAUUGUUAAAUUACAUUUCAAUACUGAAUUAAAAUAUUAAUAUAAAUAAAAAAAAUAUAUACAUUUAUAAAAAACAUAUUUAUCAAAUCAAUAAUUUAUUUUACACAAAAAAAAAAAAAUAUUUGANAUGACUGAUUACAUUUAAAAGAAAGAUACUGCAAAGUAUAUACAAAAGUAUGAACAGUUAUAGAUUUACAAGAGAAGAAAAAAAUUUAAAUUAGCUUUUAUUUAAUUUCAUGUCCUUGUUUAUUUUAGAAUGCCACCAAUAACUCGACAUCAGUCAAAAAAAUCCACUUUUAAGCCUGAACCAUAUUCAAAAGAGAACCGUCCAACAGAAAAAAGAAGUGCAUUACAAAACUUAGUUGGAAAUAAUGUUAGUGAAUUUUAUUAUUUAUAUCAAAACCACAUUAUUUGGUUUACAACUGUAUUUAGUUUUAAAUAGUAAAUUAAAAUAUCUUAUUUCAGGGUAUCAAAGUUAUUGCCAGUACAAUCAAAACAGAUAUUAAAAAAUCUGACAGUAGUAUUUUUAAAAAUGACAAUAUUACGAAAACUGAAAACACGAAUAGGCUUUCUCAGUCAAAAAGUGAAAUUUCUAAACCAGUUGAUACUAAAACUCCAGAGUAUAAUUUGAUUUAUUCAUUUGCUUUUUUAAAAAUAAAUUUGAUUACUUUUGUUAUAGAAUCAUCCAUCCUUCCAUUAAUAAUACAAAAGAGAUUACAUUAUACCAUUCAAUAAUUGAAGAACAAACCAGUUCUAAAGAUUCUCAAACAACUGAAGAAUUAUAUGAAACUGCAGUUGAAAAAACUCAAAGAUAGUCUCUUGAAAAUAAUACUUAUGAAUUAUAACAUUCUACUGUAUCAUCAAGAUAGAACUAUAGAUAUAACUUUCCUAAGAAAUCAACUCACCUUUUAACAAUAUAAUUGGUUUUUUUUUUUAUAAAAAAAAUAAUAUAAUAAUUGUAAUGUCUUUCUUCAGUUUAAAAAGCAUUUUUAUUAUACAUAGUUUUUAUGAGUUUUCUAAAUAUUUUAAGAGCAUUGUUCAAGUUUGCAUUAGGUCUUACCCACCAAUAAAGUACAUGAGCUGUUACCAAAAUUAUGAGUAAAAUAUUAAUCAUGCUGUUAUUCAUGAAAAUUUAACAAUUCUAUUCAAAAUAAAAAAAAUCAGUAUUAAGUAUUCAGUAGUAAAGUACAAAUACUAAUUUUAUACCCCAAUUUUAUACUUUUAUAGGAUAUAUCUUCAAAAAUUAUGCAUGGUAAUGGUGGUAGUAAAAACAAUUAACUACUCUCUCUUCUUGUUUCAAACAUAAACUUAUUUAUACCAUAUUUUUUUAUUGUCAUUAUAAAGAAUUAGUUCAUUAUUUUUACAAUGUCUGAAAUUUUUCAAUUGGAUGGAAAAUUUGCAUUAAUCUAUCAUUCAAACAAAUAAAUCAGAGUAUUUUCAUUAUCCAAGUGUAAUCUGAGAAAUAAAUAUCAGUUAUGUUUUAAUAAGUAUAGACUAGACUCAGAAUCUAAAAUCUAAAAACAAUAAAUAAAUAUACAUUUUUUUAUACAUUUCCUAUUUCAUAUAAUAUGGAGCAAAUGAAUUUUUGGUUUUUUUUUUUUUUUUAAAUUGAUUAAAACCACAUAUCCUUUAAAAAAAAUAAAUAUAUAUAUAAAUGUAUAACAAAUCAAUAGUUUAUUAAAAAAUAUUCGAUACACACUACACAUUAUGUAGUGUGCAGUAAAUUUUAACAUCUAAAUAGGUGUGAGUGUUCAUUAAAUAAAGUAUUAAUGUUAAUGAGGGUUUAAUAAUAAAAUAGUAAACUACAUAUAGAUAAAAUUGUUAAAUUACAUUUCAAGACUGAAUAAAAGUAUAAUAAUAUGAAUAAAAAAAAAUAUAUACAUUCAUGAGGCUUACUUCAUAACCAACUUGGAAGAUCAUAUAUGAUGUUAGGAAUUACAUUUUAACAUAAGUAUUUAAUAUAAUCCAUAAACACAAUGAAAUAAUCAUAAACUUUCCAUUGCAUUUAAACUAGUUAAAUACAAUUUUAUUGGUACCAUGGCUAUUCUUUAGAAUUUUAGUUGAGGUUUGUAGUGUAGACAACCAUUUUUGUAAACAGUGAUGUUCAAUGAGUUUACAUCAUUUAUCUUGUGAAUAUGGAAAAAUAUAAUUUUUGUGGCUAAACAUUCAACUGAAAACAAUAUGGAUGUGUUUGAUCCAGUCUUUUUGAACUUAUAAUCCUUGAGGUUUUGGUUAUUGGGGUCCAUUGUUUGUGCAUAAUUCACACAUGUGGUGAGAUCCAAAUUGUCUGUAGGCACAGAUACUUGGUAGGCGUCAAGGGAUUGAAUGCCAUUAUUUUCAUGUUUUACCAAAUGUUUAUUAUAAUCUGGUUUUAAUAUAAAAGCGUGGUAGGCAUCUCUAAAACUUUCAAUGUUAUCAGAAGAUUCUUUUAUACUAUGCAACACAUAUUGAUUCAUACAACAAUCUUUCAACAUGUAUUGAAUGCGAAAUUCUCUUUUGAUUUUAUAUAAUUCAAAAUUGCUCAUUAGUUCAACACAUUCAUUGAAUUUAACAUUUAGAGCAGUUGCUUUUUUCAUUAUGUAAUCAAUAGAAAAUUUUAUCAACAAACAGUCAAUGUUAAUUUGUGAUUUAUGCAGAAGGUCUAGCAUAUUUUGACCAUACAAAACUAUUCUUACACUUCUUUCUUCAUUACAUUCCAGUGAAGUAUUAUCAACAAUAUGUUCUAACAAAUCAUUUGCCUUUAAUGAAUUCCUUAUAUUAAUGUAGGAAUCUAAAUGUUUUCGAAAAUAUUUAUAGGCAAAUAAUAUCCUUUCUUUGGUAAGGGUACUCAUUAUAAACUUUGCAAUUUGACUCAUAAAUUCUUUAAAGUGUUUCUUUAUACAUCCAAUACCUUGGAACCAAAGUUUAUGCAAAUGAUAUGGAAAUGCUGAGACUUCUCUGAAGUAUAUUUCUGUAGUAACUUGAUCUAAAGUUACCUAGAAAAAAAAGAUGUAUUAAUUUAGACAGUCGCGUUUUAAUUAUUGAAUGAGCAACAUGUAUGUUCCGCUCAUGAGUGCUGAAUUUACGUGUUCAUUUAGUAAUAUACAAACUAUACAUAUGUCUUCGCCUUCAACGGAAAUGUCAAGUGACUUAAUAUAAAUUAUUUAGGUUACAAGCGUGUGGCGGCUCGGGCCGUCUCUCGGAAUGUCUGUGACGGGUCAGGUUUUAGUUGACCACACAAGUUUACUAAAAAUACAAGACAACGAAAAAUUAACUAAGCUUGUGACUCAAUUACAAGCGAGUAAUGCACAACUAUAGAGUGAAUUACUAAACCUUCAAGCCAUAUUAUUGAACCUAAUAAAAAUAAAAAUCCAAAUAUUAUGAAUGAAGAUAAAAAGUUGGGUAAUAAUUCAGAUGUUAUUAAAAGCGCUCCCCCAAAAAAAUUAGAUCAAUAGAAAAUAUUCACGACAAAAAAACUAAAGUAUAUAAAACACCACCAAUCACAGCUAGUGAUGUAAAAAAUAUAUAAAACCUGGUUAGUAGACUAACUUGUGAAGAAGUUUCUUGUCACAAACAGCAGGUUAAUAUCAUAGAUUUCACUUGAAAGGGGGAAUAAAAAAAUUUCGGGUUGUAAUUCGUGGACUUCAACCAGAAACAGAAUUAUGUGAAAUCAAAAGAGACCUAGCGGAAAAAGGUCAUAAUGCAAGCAAUGUAUGGAAUAUCCAAAUAAAAAAGAAAUCGAACGUAAAAGACAAAAAUAGUAAAUGAACAAGGAUAAACCUACCAUUGUUCUUCGUAGACUUAGUUUCACAAGACAAUAAUAAAGUUAUAUAUAAUCUGGAUAAUCUGUGUUAUCAUAAAAUUAAAAUAGAAGCACCUAGAAAGGGAAAAGAGAUGCCGCAGUGUAAAAACUGUCAAGCGUUUGGGCAUACUCAGAAUUAUUGUCAUAAAAUGUCUGUAUGUGUGAAAUGCGGCGAAAAUCACAGAACAGAAGACUGUCAAAAGCACAAAAAAUCAAAAGCGAAAUGUGCUAAUUGUGGUAAAACACACAAUGCAAACUAGAAGGGUUGUUCUGAAUACAAAAAGGCAGAAGAAAAAGCAUAUCUAAAAAAGGUAUCUACAGUACAGCGAAUUCAACAGAAACCAGCAAAAACUGUGACUCCAUCCACUUCAUAUGGUGACUGGUUCUGCCGCAAAUAACGCAACACCCAAAACGUUCAAGCACAGCAACAACAACCUAGCGAAAAUGACUCUACGUUAGCGGAAAUCUUAUCUGCCUUAACUUACAUUACCAAAUCGUUAGUUAAUGUCACAUCUAGACUAGAUAGAUUAGAAUGUAGUCAAUCUAAGUCUAAUAACAAAAGCCAGAAGAAAAAGAAAUAAACCGCACACUGCGGAUUGUAACAUGGAACGCCAACGAGCUAGUACAGCGUAAAUUAUAACUUGAUAAUUAACUUGCCCUUAUAUCCGAAAUACACUUCACAUCGUGGACUGUUCUAAAAAUACAAAACUACAAAAUUUAUACAACUUUACACCCGAGUGGUAGAGCACGCGUAGGUACAGCUGCAGUCAUAAGAGAAACUAUAAAACACUUCGAACUUGAAGAAUAUUCAGAAUUGCACAUACAAGCCACACAUGUUUGUGCUAAAGAUGAAAACAAUGACCUCACGGUUACAGCUAUUUAUUGUCCACCCCAAGGAGGUUCAGAUGAAACUAGAUUCAAUUCAUUUUUCCAAAUGGUAGGAGACAGGUUUAUUGCUGAUGGUGACUACAAUGCCAAGUACCCUCACUUAGAGAGAGUACUUAGAGAGAUCAAGACUGAUCACUCCGAAAGGAUGUGCUCUGCUAAAAGUAGCUAACAGUAAAACGCUGAUAUAAUUUCUACCCAAGAGCCAACCUAUUCUAGGAAAAUCUCCGAUCUACUCGAUUUCUUCUAAUUAUGUUGAAGCUGAAGGACUAAUAGAGCUAACGCCCAAUCACAUCCCUGUGUUAUUAUCGUUGAGUUCAAAUAUAAUUAUCAAAAAACAAAAAAAUUUUCUAACAAACAAACAUACAGACUGGGACCUUUUUAGAAUUACUCUCGAAAAAUCUAUCUCUCUUAUUGUGCGGCUAAAAUCGUCAACUGACAUUGAAUUGUCAGUACAAAAACUGACUGAUAAUAUUGUUAAAGUAGCAAAAACUUUAACACCGAAAGCUAACAAAGGCAACGACUGUCAGUUCAUCUACCCGAAGGAAAUCAGAGACCUUGUUCAACAAAAGCGGCGAGCAAGACGAAUCUGGCACAGAACUCGGCACCCAUCCGAUAAAUAAAACCGAAUGGAACCGAAUUGGCAAAUUGCUACACGAUAAAAUCAAAGAAAUGAAAAAUGAAACGUUUAAAUCAUAUUUGUGUGGCUUAUCUGCAACAGAAGAUUCCGAUUACUCGUUAUGGAAAGCAACAAGCCAAUUAAAAAGACCUCGCGUCCAUAUAUCACCAAUCCGAAAGAAAGAUGGAACUUAGGUGCACAGUGAACAGGAUAAAGCUGAAGUAUACGCACGACAUAUCGAACGUGUAUUUCAGCCAAAUGACAUCGUUUCUGAAUUUGACAGCACGCAAUGCCAGCUACUUAGUUCUACAAGAGAAUUCUUAAGGCACUUUACACCACUUGAAGUGGCUCAUGAAAUCGACACCAACAUCAAUACGAAAAAGGCACCUGGGUUCGAUGAGAUCAGCCCAUAUAUCCUUAAAGAGCUAUCUAAGAAGGCAAUCGUCCAUAUUACCCACAUUUACAACGCUAUCUUGCGAACAGAAUUCGUUCCCGAGCAAUGGAAAAGAGCGGAGGUAAUCAUGUUGCUCAAACCCGAAAAACCACCUGAACAAGCCUCCUCCUAUCGACCGAUAUCGCUUCUACCAUGCAUGUCAAAACUAUUUGAAAAACUUCUUCUUAAGCGUCUCAACCCAAUUAUUGAAGCAAAGCAACUUAUACCAGAUCACCAGUUUGGAUUUCGUAUAAAACACUCGACUAUCAGCCAAGUUCAUCGCGUAACGAACGUAAUCAGUAAGGCAUUAGAAGAGAAAAAUUAUUGCUGUGGAGUAUUCCUGGAUGUAGCCCAGUCUUUGACAAAGUUUGGCACCAAGGCCUAUUGUUAA